UCCCUCUCUAACUUCAAAGGAAAACGUAAACAAAAUUAAAAUUCGGAAAUUGAACUUGGAGUUGGAAGUUGACUUGAAUCUUGAUCGAGCUGAAAACGGUACCGUCGAACUGGAUUACUCUGGGUAUUUGUCAAUGUCAGGAGCAUCUCUGAUUGGUUAGCUGAUAUGGAAGUGCCUGGGAGUCCGUUCGGGUCUAGUUCAAGCCCAUUUGGAGGAGGAGUGUCUGGCAGACAUCGCUGUAAAGUUCCUAUCAGCAGUUCUAGGAGACCAGACGGCGAUAUGGCGUUGCAGGACAUGGAAGGGGUGCUCCACAACGGAAUGACCAGCGGAUCCUGCGGAAUGGCCAGGAAGAGACUCAGGAUGGAUGUCGAUCAGGAGAAUGAAACGGAACAGCUGAAACGGAUUAUCGCCGUUCGAGGUCGAAACUUCAUACCCAUCUCGGCCUCGAACACCACCUUCCAUACCGAAGAUGUGAAACAGAGGAGUGAGACCAUUUAUUUACCCCUGACCGAUGAUGUCCUUGUCAACAUGAGAAGUGCCGAACAGAUCAGCUAUGGUACAGGAGAUUACUUUAUAGGAGAUCUCAGAGGCAACUAUACAAGGAAAAGUCAAGGUUACGUUGUAAACCUAUGGAGAUACAGCGAAGCCAACCAGAAGCUCUUCAUCUCAAGAUCAUUCCUCUUCACCAACGUCAUGGACUUUGUGCAACUCAAGGAAGUCCUGGAAAACUUAUGAACUACAUGUAAUCAACUCUGAGGAGAUGACCAUUUCCAGGGCUUGCGUACAGUGUAUUAUGAUGAAGCAUAUUUGCGCCUGGAGUGCUCCCUCCACCUGCCUUGCUGCCUUCAAAAUUGCCCUAUCAGUAUCAAGGACGGGUUCUAGAGCGAUUUACAAAUGGUCUUUCCCUCCAGGAGGCUUACACAAAGCAUAGCAAUCAUCGUAGAACAUUUUUUUUUAUGAUUGAUUGCAUUGACCACAAUGUACGAUUGAUUGUAAAAAUCAAGCGUGCGAUCAAUCGCUGACCUUCAUGUUUCAGGGUCCUGGAUUUAAAUCUAAUAGUGGUAAGAUAUUCAGGAACCACUUCAAGGCAACAAGUGAAACUGCAAAAAAAUGAAGAAGAUAUUGAACCAUUUCUACAUACAAGGUAGUCUAGUGGCUGGUUACAAGAAGGUUGGUUUGCAAUUGGUGCACAUCAACUGGAAACUUGCAGCCUAUCCCGACAGAGUGAGAAGUCGCAACCAAUCAUCAAAUUGUGAUGCUAGAAACAUGCUUGCGCUUGUCCCAUAAGUCCUAGCUCUGUACGAUAAUACAUGUACGAAUGAUAGUCCCUCGUUAGGAAUGAUUUGGAAGUAUAUUUUGUCAGCCUUUGGUAAUGUCUUCAGGAAGUCCUAGCCGUGUUUGAUGACCAACCAUCUUCUUGCAAGGGAUGAAAUGGGCGACAUCUAGUCGACGUCUUGUCGGCUUGACACAACUCAUUCUGGAAGAGUGCCUCAUCGGCCUUUGCUUUGAAGACACAUCCAUCUCCAUAUUGCUUUAACAUGAAGGAGCAGUACAGAUGGUAAACUUGCUUUAAUGUACAUUUUGUCUUUAAAGUGGAUGUUUAUACUCAUUUGUUGAAUUCUUUUAUGCAUCUCUCUUGUAAGUAUGUGUGAAAGUGGAUUCAUACAAGUAUAUCA